AUGGCUCGGCCCUACCUCUAUACGAUCAUCUCGGACGUCCACGGUUUUCAUGAACGUCUUGAAAUCCGCCCCUGCGACUUUCUGUUGAUUUGCGGGGACGUGACGAAUAGAGGCCGGUUUUCUUACGGGUCCUUCUAUAACUGGGUUUUGCGGGUACCUGCAGACAACGUGAUUUUUGUCUUUGGAAAUCACGAGCGCGCAGUGAAGGAGAAGUUCUUUACGCUUUUUAAGAACAUCCCAAAGGUGCAUAUUCUACAGAAUGCGUUUGAGAUAAUAAAGGGCGUACAGUUUUUUGGGCUGGGCUUUCCGGUUCAGGAAAGAGUCGUCGAAUGGGUCAACACAGUCGCAAUUAAGGAUAUGCCAACAGUUUUACUCACUCAUGAACCACCGUUUGGCAUUUUGGAUAUGAAAAUGGCAAAUCCCAAGAAAGGUGAAGUUGGUUACAAACACGCCGGAAGCGAAGUUAUAAAGGAAUUGUUAAAUACGCUACAACCACAAUUGGCGUGCUUUGGACAUUUGCACUAUAGUUUUGGAGCAGUCAGGGUCGAUGAUACACUUUGUGUGAAUGCGGCAGUCGUCAAUGAAUUUGGCAAAGUCGCAAACAAACCAGUGGAGGCGAUUUCUUUCUCGAAGUUUUUCGUGUGUGCUCACUGGAAUGACUUUGUCAAAGAGAAGUAUGAACUUUGUUACUAA